CUCCAACCAAUUUAAGUUUUCCUUCUAAAAUAACUUCUAGAUAAUACAAACAAUAAAAAAUAAAAAAUAAAAAAUAAAAAAUAAAAAUGGAGGUGAGUAAUAUUGAGAUCCCAUCACAUUUUCUAUGCCCAAUCUCUCUCCAACUCAUGAGAGAUCCAGUUACAAUUUCAACAGGUAUUACUUUUGAUAGAGAUUUUAUUGAGAAAUGGCUUUUCUGUUGUAAAAACACCAUUUGUCCUGUUACCAAACAGCCCCUUAUGACGAAAUUGAAUGAUGAGGAUGAUCUUAGCUUGAUGAUCAUCCCUAAUCACACUCUACGCCGUCUGAUUCAAUCAUGGUGCAUCCUCCAUGUAUCCGACGGUGUAGAGCGUAUUCCUACUCCUACGCAGCCCCCUACUCUAACCCGGUCAAUCAUAUGUAAGCUCAUCUCUGAUGCGAAGAAGUCAACUCAGAUGCGGUAUACCUUCUUGCAGAGGAUCCGAUCCUUUCUUACUAGUUCAAGAACAAAGAAGCUUCUGGUAUCUUCUGGAGCUUUCGAGUAUGUAGCUUCUGUGUUAACAGAAAAGGAUGUUACGAAUGUUGAGAAGGAAGAGGUGAUAUCAGUCCUUGCGCAGAUGGACGGCUAUGAUCAAGAGCUUAAGGAUGUAAUGUUUAGAAAUGAUGAUGAUGCUAGCUUAUUUGUAGAUUCGUUAGUUGGGUCGUUGCGCAGUGAAUCAUCUUCUCAACAAGAGAGGGAAAAUGGCAUCAAGGUGUUGAGGUUGGUUUACAGUGUAGCGGACCCCACAAAGUUGAGUAACGUUAAACAUGAGAUGUUUGAUGAGAUUGUUAGCAUUUUAAGAGAUCAGAUAUCUAACAACGCUACAAAAAAUGCGUUGAAGUUACUUGUUGAGCUUAAUCCUUGGGGAAGGAAUCGGGUUAAGGCGGUCGGGUCUGGGGCAGUCCAAGUGUUGGUGGAGCUUCUUUUAAGCGAGUUAUUGGAACGACGAAUCUCGGAGCUUGGGUUAGUAGUGUUAGACCAGCUAUGUGGAUGUGCAGAGGGAAGGGCGGAUCUGGUAGGGCACGGUGCAGGGUUAGCAGUUGUGUCUAAGAAGAUUUUACGGGUGUCACACGUGGCAAGUGAUCGGGCGGUGAGGAUUUUGUCAUCGAUAUCGAGGUACGUUGGAACAGGGAAGGUGAUAGGGGAGAUGAUGGAGGUUGGGGUGGUGGCCAAGUUGUGCUUGGUCCUACAAGUGGAUUGUAGUUCAAAGACUAAGGAGAGGGCUAAAGAAAUGUUGAGGUUGCAUUCUAGGGUUUGGAAGAAUUCUCCCUGCAUCCCUCCUCAUUUGAUCUCUGCUUAUCCAUCUUCUAAUUAGAUUUUAUUUGUCAAUCAAUGGGAAUUUGACAAUUUUUGUGACAAUUUUUUUCACUUUUUUCACUUACAACUAAUUGUUAACACUGAGAAAACAUCGAAAUUAAUUAUAUUUAAUUUGGUUGUUUG